AUAAACGGUUAGUCAAUUUUUUGUCGAUGUUUACAAAUCUGUUUCGUAAUUGUGCGCUUUUCGACGUUUCUAUAGAUCAUGGAUUUUUAUAAUAAACACUUUUACCGGCUGAUUCGUAGUGUGGAUCCAAACGGCAUGUUGAAUGUGCCAUUCAACGUGUUUACUGAUGGAAAAUGUCUUGACAGAUAUUUUAAGACGAAUAACGAUUUUCGGAAAUUAGAUGUGCCCUGGAUGUGUGAUCAAUUAAUUAUACUUUUGCUGAAUUUUGAGGAUGUAGUUGCUAUUUCUUCAACCUUAACAUUUUUGCAAAAUGACUUUCAACGUAUUAAAUAUCCGUUUGUUUUGAUAAGUCAAGCUUAUAUAGGCUUAAUUUUAAUACAUACAAAUGCUACAAAAGCAUAUUUCAGUUAUUGUACUAAUUCAACAAAGACCUUGUACAAGAACAAAAUAGCUAUAGACAAAAUUCCUAAAAAGAAACCCAAAAAGGAAUCUGAUGCUACGAAUGAAUCACAUAACAUAGAACAUGUUCAAAGCCAGAAAGUUCAAUCAUUAAAUCAACACCAAGUAUCUAGUUUAGAAACAAACCACAAUGAGAUGGUAGAUAUUCUUUUAAAUCAUCCAAUGCACACUCUAAAUGCUACUGAAAUGGAACUACUUGAGACUAAUGUUCCAAACCAAAUAGCUCUUAAUGUGCCAAUACUGCAUAAUCAAAGUUUGCUUAAAUUGAACUCUGAAGAUAAUAUUGGUGAUGUUUAUAAAAUACCAGAUUUAGAUCAACUACAUUUAUUUAUUCAACCAAUUGAAGAGUUUCCAAUUGUCAAUCAAGAUGUUCUAACUGAGAAUCCUCUUUUACCCAAAACCAAUACUAAACAACAAUUAAUGGACUUUGAUGUACAGCCUAAAAAUAUAGUAUCACAACAAUUAAUAGAACAAUCACAAUACACAAUAAAUUUACAAGACCAACAAAGCAGAAUAGAACUACCUCAACAUUCAACGAAUUUAGAAGAACAACAAUUUCAAUUUAAGAAGAUUAAUGAGAAUUGUACCCCUGAAAAUUUAACAAAUCAAUCACUAAAAAGAAAAAGACCUAAUAUACUUCCAAAAAAAAAGUUUAAGAAAAGACAAAUUGAACAAAAUAGUAAAGUACUUAGAAACAGGUUGAAGAAACUCCAAGGAGAGAUGUUUGAUAGACCACUUGAAUGUUUGAUGUUGAAGUGUAGCAAUCAAUCUAUAGAUCAUUUACCUAUAAGAUACGCUAUGUAUCGUCAUAAACUUUGUAUACCAUUUGCUGGUCUUACGUUAAAUAUGGAAUUGGAAGAAAACAAAAAUUUAGGUGAUAUUUUUAAUAAUGAAAUGACUAUGGGUAGUUAUAAAACCAACGAAGAAAAAUUAAAUGACUGCAACACUUCAAAUAUUUGUAUUUAUAACCAUUGCAAAAACAAUUCAUUACCUCAUUUAACCCUGCUUCCUUUAGUUGAAGAAUGUUUAACCAAUAAUAGUUUAGUGUGGCGAGACACAAUUAAUGAGAUUAAUAAUAAUUUGGAAGAUAGUUUAAGAGAAAUUUCACCUAUCUCAAAAAUUGACCAGACAAAGUGGAAAAAUUUUAAAGAUAAAUUAAAUUAUAGAGUGAAUCAAAGUUUAGUGACCCAUAAAACACUAGUUGGCCCUGAAAUAUCUCAUAUAGAUAUACCACAACCUCUUAUGGCAUUUCCGUCUCUAAGUGAAGUUGAUAAACUUUUAAAUGGUAAAACAAUAAUUGAAUCACACAACUCGACUGAGGGGCCUCCAUUCAAUGCGGAAAAAAAUUGUCCCAUGACUUCUUUUUCUAUAAUAACAAAAUCUGGUUUACCUCAAUUGUUACCACCUAAAGAGUCUCUGAUUGAUCAUGUUGAAUUAAACGUUGACCAAGAAAAAGAUGCGAUGAAUCGAUUUGAAUCAAAAAUAUUGCAGAAUAUUCAAAAUGCUGUUGAACAAGUUGAAGAAUUCCAUCGACCAUCUAUUAACAUUAAAAAAAUAAUAUUCAAUUUUUUAAAACAAUCUUCUAACAAUUGUUCACGUUUGAUGUUUACUGAUAUUUGUCCUAUUCACGUAACUAGUAGACGAUAUGCUAUUUCAGUUUUGGUAGAGAUACUGGGUCUACAUAAAAAUGGGAUUCUCAAAUUAAAUCAACCUCGCAAAGCAACAAACCCAUCAUCUAUUUCAAUUGAAAUAAUUAAUUACAAUUUUUUUGAAUGUCCUUUUUAAAUUUUAUUUUUAUAUCGCUUUUUGCUGAUAUUUAUAUAAUGAUUUUUCUAUACUGUUAUUAUUAUAUAAUACAAUUUAAUAAUUAUUUUUCAGUAUGUUAAAAUGUAAAAUAUUAGUUCCAGUUUUAAUUUUGAUCUAUUUUAUCUAUAUUAUUUAUAUUUGACUGUUUUAAUAACAUAACUAUUAAUACAUUUUUUGUUUGUUUUUAAUAAAUUUUUCUUUUUAUCA